CGAAAAGACCUCAACUCACCACUUCGACCUUCGCCCUCGCCCUCGACCUCUACCAUGGCGCCUCUCGCAACUGCUUCCCGCCUGUGCCUGCGCUCGGCCGUGGCCAAGCCUGCCGUGCGCGCGCUGAGCUCGUCGGCCGUGCGCCAGGCUGAUGCUCCCGGUGCGGCUUCUUACACCAGCCCCUUCAAGGGCGAGUCCAAGGGCAGCAAGAUCCCCGACUUCAGCAAAUACAUGUCCAAGGGCGGCGAGACCUCCAACAAGCUCUUCUCGUACUUCGCCGUCGGCACCAUGGGCGCCAUUACCGCUGCCGGAGCCAAGAGCACUGUUCAAGAAUUCCUCGUCAACAUGUCCGCCUCCGCCGACGUUUUGGCCAUGGCCAAGGUCGAGGUUGAUCUCAACACCAUCCCCGAGGGCAAGAAUGUCAUCAUCAAGUGGCGAGGCAAGCCCGUCUUCAUCCGCCACCGAACCCAGGACGAGAUCGACCAGGCCAACAAAGUCAACAUCGCCUCUCUCCGAGACCCUCAGUCCGAUGAGGACCGUGUCAAGCGCCCCGAGUGGCUGGUCAUGCUGGGUGUCUGCACCCACUUGGGUUGUGUCCCCAUUGGCGAGGCCGGUGACUUUGGUGGCUGGUUCUGCCCUUGCCACGGCUCCCACUACGAUAUCUCUGGCCGGAUACGAAAGGGCCCCGCACCGCUCAACCUGGAGAUUCCCGAGUACGACUUCCCCGAGGAUGACAAGCUCAUCAUUGGUUAAAACGCGAAUGCAUGUAUAAAGAAUCGGGAAAAAAGAGAGGGGGGAGACUGUCCUGUCACAAACGAUGUAACAGUAUCGGGGGGAGUCUUGGGGAACCAAAAUGGGCGAAGAUGAGACAGCUCUCGAACCAAAAAUACAUAAUUCGUCUCGGAAUUACAAAAAAAACAUAGAUUCUCUCUGGGCGGUCAAGUCUAUUGGUGGGAUGGGAGGUGGAAUGAAGAAAUGGAAGAUGGUGUCUCAUGAUGCUGGGAAUGGGACACACAAACUCCUGGUUUCUUAGACGUGAGCCAUGUGCAGCAUUGUAUAAAUAAAACGUUUUACG